AUGUCGUUGGAUAAGGCAAAGCACAUUGCCUACAUCAAAUCGCUUGAUGAGCAGAAACAGUUCAUCGAGUACUGGCUGAGCGAGCAUCUACGAAUGAAUGGUGUUUAUUGGGGCGCGUGUGCUCUUUUCAUGAUGAAGGCUGAGGACGAGUUUAACAAGGCAGAUCUUGUCAAAUUCAUUCUUAAUUGCUACGACGAGACAAACGGAGGGUUUGGCUCGUAUCCCAGACAUGACGCACAUUUGCUGUCUACGCUUUCGGCACUGCAACUGCUGAAAAUGUACGAUUGUUUGGAUGUGAUAGACGAUAAAAGACCACAGAUCCUCAAAUUCAUCACGAAUCUCCAAUUGCCAGACGGUUCGUUCCAAGGCGAUCGUUUUGGCGAGGUCGACACGCGGUUCGUGUAUACUGCAAUUCAGUCGUUGAGCAUUUUGGAAAGUCUGACCCCGGAAAUCGUCGAUCCUGCCGUCGAUUUCAUCAUACAAUGUCAGAAUUUUGACGGAGGGUUUGGGCUUGUUCCAGGCUCUGAGUCGCACUCUGCGCAAAUAUUCACAUGUCUGGCCACUUUGGCCAUUGCUGGACAGCUUGAUAAAAUCAAAGACCGCGAUCUUCUCGAAUGGUGGCUCAGCGACAGACAGCUGGAAAACGGUGGUCUGAAUGGCCGCCCCGAGAAACUGGAAGACGUCUGCUACAGUUGGUGGGUGAUGUCUUCUUUGAGCAUAUUGGACAGACUCGACUACAUUGACGGAGAAAAAUUAAGAGCGUUCAUUUUGGAGUGCCAGGAUCUGGAACAAGGGGGAAUCAGCGACCGUCCGGGCAACCAAGUGGACGUUUAUCAUACGAAUUUUGGAAUGGCGGGACUAAGUCUUCUUGGGUACGAAGACUUGGUUCCAAUUGAUCCAGUUUAUUGCAUGCCAUACGUCAUUUUGCAUGGGUUGGAGCCCCACUCGAUAUCGUCCACUAGUCUGGUCAAACGGCUGCCAAAGAUCUUCGGAAUCUUGAACUUUGGCCAUAGCGAGUUGGAUCCCUUGGUCACCACAGACGACCAUGGAUCGUUGUCUCCUGGAAUGAACACGAGCUUGCACGAAGCACAUAGCGUUGGAAAUUGUUCCAAGAUGGAAGCAAGCGAAUCAAAGUACGAUUUGUACACUCCCGAGGCGGUAGUUUGCGAGUUGUAUGAGAUCUGGGUUGACGUGAACGGCUCCGAUGCGAACGAGCCGUUGAAUAUCAAGGCAACCGGCUCCGAUGCUCCUGUAUCUAGUUCUUUGCUCAACUUGGUGAAUAGUUUCUUUAAUCCUUCGACGAUUUUCAGGUUUGGAAGAUGGAUAUCUCCGCCCAGUACGACAAUCUUGUGUUCAGACAACUCUUUCUCCAACUGUAGCAGUUUUGUGCGAAGAGACGGGUCGAUUCUCCCGCUGUUGCUGUACACAGAAUUGAAAUCCAUUUUUCCCAGCACUUCCAACGAGGCCUCUCUCUUUUCGGCUGGAGGAUGGAUCAUCGAACUGACGUAG